CUGGAAAGUUCUUGGAACGCUCGACGCGCGGUUUCACGAGAAACGCCGUUUUCAUCCUCGAACUUCAAUCACAAACAUCAGGAAGCAAUUACCGACAAUCACCAUAAUAAAACUUCCAAAUGAGUCAUUCAAAGACCAUUCCAGUGCUAGUCCAUUACUCACGAGACUGCUGUAUGCUUGAAUGACAAAGAAGAGGAGAUUGAUUCUGUGGGUUUCACAGAGCUGUGCUGUCGAUGGCGUCAGAGGCGCUAAACACGGGGGGAUUCUCAGAAAACCAAUUCUGAGAAGUCAGACGAAGUGAACAAGCCAAACCCAGCAGUGUUCCGCUUCUUGUUCAGUUUUAGGACUCGAGCUGAACAGAGACACAGCUCGUUUAUGAACACCAUGUCCGUGUUAUCUAACGUACUGGCGUAGUUUGUUAAAGUCGCGCACUUCUGUGACAGUCCUGACGCUGUGAACUGUUUGUCAUCGCUCAAGGAAGACUAGAUUAUUUUUGGAAGUCCGAGUAAAAACCUCAGGAACAAAGAAACUUUAAGGAAUCCGGCCGAUAUCAAACCAGACAUCUUCACAAUGAUUCUGUGCGUCCAAGGGCCAGCUCAUUUGCAAGACACCGCUGAUCCAAUGGUCAGGUUUCCGGUGGUGACCUUCUCCUCUCCUCGCUGCAUCCAUGCAACUGUUGCCUUAUGGGACCCCAGCAAAGAUUUCAGAUCUAUCUCCAAUAAUUUCUCCUAUCUGGAUGCCUCAGGUUGGUACUGGGGUGCCAUCUCUGCCAAUGAGGCCCACUCUGUCCUACAGGGGGCCUCGGAGGGAACUUUCCUGAUACGGGAUAGCAGCCACCCUCUUUAUAUGUUGACACUGUCAGUUAAAACUGGUCGCGGUCCCACGAACGUUCGCAUCGAGUACAGUCUGGGACGGUUCCGUCUGGACUCCAGUUCCCCGGCCAGAUCUCGUCUGCAGUCCUUCCCAAACAUCCCCAGCCUCGUGCAGCACUACGUGGGCUCCAGGAACAAAGUGGAGGAGGAUAAGACAGAGGAGUCGGAUCACGUAACAUCUCCGGUCCCCAAGGAAUGUGCGGUGUUGCUAAAACUCAAACGGCCGAUGCAUCGUCCUCAAGCCUUCCCUUCUUUGCAGCAUCUCACUCGCCUGGUAAUCAACAAACACACCACUUGCACAGAGAGCCUACCUCUACCGAGACUGUUACUGCAGUAUCUUCAGGAUUACCCUUUCCAGCUCUGACAUCUCCAUGGAAAUGCACACCACGGCCAGUCACGAGCUGGAUGCUGAUGUUUUGAAGGCGGCAAAUUAAAUGCACAGCCCUAAUCAGAGGUUUGGGUCAAAAACCAGUGUUAACCAUUUGAAGAGUGACUCUUGUUUCUGGAGCAAGUUUUUGACGGUCAGCAAGUCUAUCUUCAUCGAUAGAUAUACCCUAGUUGGACUGAUUCAAGUCAUGUCCUGAAAUUGACUCAUGAAGAAGCAAGCGACUCCACUUUUGUGUCAUACUGUUAAAAGUGUGAGAGGUUAAACCACAGGCUUGGGGUCUGACAUGAAUUUAAUGUUCAUGAAACUUUUGUACAGGUCACGUGACCCCCUUUAGCAACGGUUCAAAAUGAGAACACGCAUCUUGUCUGAAACUCUGAGCUCACGAGAAGCACAUACGUAGCUUGGUCUUCAGCCCUCUAUAAAGGCGAGCUUAGUCACUGCGCAGCCUUGACUAGAAUUCUUUCUAUCCUUGAAAGUAAAAUGCAGUGAUUUUUUUUAUUUUUUUGGACCGUUUUAAUCGAGAUUUACAUCUUUUUUUUUCUAUGCCCACAAUGUGGAGUUUGUAUGUAUUUAUGGAUGAAAAAUCCUUCAUUUUGUAAUAAAAGUGACAAUCAAAUUUA